AACUCUCUUCCAAGUUUCCAACCAUAACAUUCACCAACUUCAAUUCCCCACCAAACCAAAAACCAGCAAGCUAAGCCACAAUGGUUUCAGAAAGCUACCCAUCCAAGAGUGUAUGUGUCAUAGGAGCGGGUCCAUCGGGCCUCGUGGCGGCCCGUGAGCUAAGAAAAGAAGGUCACAAAGUGGUAGUCAUUGAGCAAAACCAUGACAUAGGUGGUCAAUGGCUUUAUAACCCUAAAGUUGAGGGAGAAGAUCCUUUAGGAAGGGCAAACAAGUUUCUUAAGGUUCAUAGUAGUAUGUAUCAUUCCUUAAGGUUGGCUUCUCCUAGGGAGAUCAUGGGGUUUACCGACUUCCCGUUUGUAGAGAAGAAAGGGAGGGACAUGAGGAGAUUUCCAAGCCAUAGGGAAGUUUUGUGUUACCUAAAUGAUUUUUGUGAGUUUUUUGAGUUGAGGGGUAUGAUUAGGUUUAACACUAGGGUUGAGUAUGUGGGCAUGGCGGAGUUCGGUGAGCUCGAGGUUGCGAAAGAGUUGAGAUGGGUGGUGAAGAGUAAGGAGAAGAAGAGUGAGAGAGUGGUGGAAGAGGUGUUUGAUGCGGUGGUUGUUGCUAGUGGCCAUUAUUCUCAGCCUAGGUUGCCUAUAAUUAAAGGUAUGAAUUGUUGGAAAAGAAGACAAAUGCACAGCCAUAUCUAUAGGGUACCGGAUCCUUUUCGUGAUGAGGUAGUGGUGAUUGUAGGAAGUUCAAUGAGUGGACAAGAUCUAUCAAUGGAAUUAGUGGGGGUAGCAAAGGAAAUCUAUCUCAGUGCCAAAUCUUCUAUCUCUGAAGGUUUCUCCAAAGUAUUUGCCAAGCAUAAAAAUCUGCAUCUUUGCCCAAAGAUUGACUCUCUUGAAGAAGAUGGAAGAGUGUUGUUUGUGGAUGGUUCCAGUGUCACUGCUGAUACUAUCUUAUAUUGCACCGGGUAUUCAUACACAUUUCCGUUCCUUGACACCAAAGGAAUCAUCGAGGUUGAUGAUGAUCGCGUUGGACCUUUAUACGAGCACACAUUCCCUCCUUCACUCGCUCCUUCUCUUUCAUUCGUUGGAAUACCUAGGAAGAUAAUAGGGUUCCCUUUCUUCGAGUCACAAGCAAAAUGGAUUGCUCAGCUGCUCUCAGGGAAAAAAACAUUGCCAUCUUGGGAAGAAAUGAUGAAAGCAAUCAAAGAGUUUUAUCAGUCCAGGGAAGCUGCUGCCAUCCCAAAGCAUUGCACUCAUGACAUUGCUGAUUUUGAGUACUGUGACAUGUACGCAGAUAAAGUGGGAUUUCCACGCUUGGAAGAAUGGAGGAAAGAGCUAUGUGUGUCAUCUCUGAUAAACGCGGAGGCUAAUUUGGAGAUGUAUCGUGAUGUUUAUGAUGAUUUUGAACUGCUUCAGGUAGCUCGUCAAAGUCCUCAUUUCACUCAACUUGGAGAAAAAGCAUUUGAAGUAUAAAGCCAUAUACUCUGGUUCAUCCAGCUUAACAAAUCAAGGUCAAAGUUAUAACCAGUAAUUUACAUACAACAACAUACAAUGAUACAACAGUUCCAGCGUGAAAGAUUUGAGGUUGACAUAUUUACCUUUUUGUGUACUGAUAUUUGAUAGUGGGCGCCCUUUAUGCAGUCUUUUUGAAUUAUUGCUAGUAACAGAACAGGCAAAAUUAUGCCAUGUAGGGAAAGCUGUACCUACAAGAAAAGUGUUUUCCAUUUUGAAUAAGAAAAAGUCAAUUUGCUUAAGUAGUUACGUAACUAACAGGGGGCGAAAUAGCCUAAAUACCCUUAAUGAGCAAAUCGUAGUCAGAUUUGGAUUUAAGGCCAAAGGGCCGCUUGACAUUUCGCCCCUAUUAGUUGCUUAACUGUAAGGCAUAUAUUCAGACUCUUUGCUGAAUGAUUGUUA